AGAGCAGCACAACACUCAGCCAGCUUCUGAAGCUUCUGGGCUCUGCAGUCUCAGCUCUGUACAGACCCCUCCUGCAGCAACACCAUGAAGCUCUGCGCAUAUACCCUCUCUCUCCUCCUGUUUGCAGCUGCCUUCUGCGCUCCAGCGCUCUCAGCACCAAUGGGCUCUGACCCUCCCACUUCCUGCUGCUUUUCUUACACCUCUUCGAUUCUCCCUCGCAAAUUUGUGACAGACUACUAUGAGACCAGCAGCCUCUGCUCCAAGCCAGCUGUGGUAUUCCUGACCAGAAGAGGCAAACAAGUCUGUGCUGACCCCAGCCUGCCCUGGGUCAACGAGUACGUGAAUGACUUGGAGAUGAACUGAGCUGCAGGAGGAGCCACGUCAGGGAGGGUCUCCGGAGCCCCGACACUUUCCGUGGAGAAGUUCCUUGCUCCUUCCAUUAAGAAUUCCUGUCCCAAUUCUUAAUUUAAAUCUUCAUAGAGACUGUUAUUUUAGUUGAUGUUAUUUCUACUAUUUAUAUUUAGUUGAAGGACAUGUGUCUCCCAUGGAGAUGGUCCACCAUUAUUGUUUCUUUGCUAUUUGGAUAUGAUCGUGUAAUUGAUUUCAUACAUUUUCAUAAUAAAUUUUUUUAAAAAAUAUC